AUGGGUGUAGCCGAGUGGUGUGUUUUUGUCGUCCUCUGUAGUAUACUACAACAAGGUUUAGCAAUAACCUGCUACCAAUGCAACAGUCACAAUGACUCGCGUUGUUUAAUGGACAAAUUGCCGGAUUCAUUGAGACUCCCCUGCGGCCCCAAGGACACAAUGUGCCGGAAGAUAUCCCAGGUUGUCGAGUUCGAGAUGAACGGGAUGCCCCCAGACAGCCGUGUGAUCAGGGGGUGCGGUUGGGAUGACAGUAGUUAUAAGGGUCGUUGCUACCAGCGCUCCGGUUUCGGUGGUAGACAAGAAGUGUGCUCCUGCCUCGAAGACGGAUGCAACUCCGCCUCCGUACCAGUCGGUGCCACCGCUCUGAUGCUCAUCACAUUAGCUGUAUUACGAUUUUAG